AUGCUCUGCCCUAAACUGGCCCUAAACCCGAAAACAGGUCGGCUGAAAGACAAAGAAAAGCUAAGCAUUGAGCGGAAAGGUGGAGAGCACCGGAAACCGAGGUUCUCGGGCUCCAUGAUUCCCAUUCAGUAUCAGCUGUUGAUCGUGACGCCUGAAGUAAGCCUGAACAUGGACACUUUCGUGGCACUUUGGCAGUCCAAUCUGCCCGCCGAAUUCCUCUACUCCCACUUUCUGGGCAUGGUAUUGGGGUAUGCCAUCUGCUGGCGCAUUGUGACCGUGAGCCUGGUGGUGUUCCUCUGCGACUGGGCCCCCUCCCUCAGAAGUUGGAAGGCUGUAGGUUUGGACAUCUUCAUCUUGUUGGCCACCAACGUCUGCACGGUCACCGGACUCUACACCUCACAAUACGCGUACCGUCAUGGGGUUGUGGCAGCUUCAGUCUGGCUGCUCACUGCCUGCUUGCUCGCCUGCCUCUUCCAGCUCCGACCAGGGAAGUUUUGCACAAGAGAGGCAACUGAGUAA